CCCAAAACGGAGUAAACCCACUAUCCAUUCUCCAAUCUAUCAAAUUCAAUGAAAGAUUCAAUCUUUAAAAUUCCUAUUUUGCCAACUGAACUCAUCACUAGGCUUCCAGUGAAACCCCUCUUGCAGUUCAAGUGUGUUUCGAAGUCUUGGCUUGCUUUAAUCUCUAGCCCAGAAUUUAUCAAAACCCAUCUUAGUGUAUCUGCUAAUAACAAAGAUUACACACACCACAUGCUUGUGUUGUUUCAACUUAGGCACUCUGGUAAUGGAUGUCAAUACAAUCUUAAGAACUGUUCUGUUAGUUCCUUACUUAAUGACUCUGUGACUGAGGAAUAUAACUUGGAUUAUCCCAUGAAUAACACCCGCAAAAAUGUUCAGGUUGUGGGUUCGGUCAAUGGAUUGAUUUUUCUUGCCAUUGGGUAUACUGACUUGUUUCUAUGGAAUCCAUCAAUUAGGAAGUUCAAGAAAUUGCCUGAUUCUAGACCUACAUUAAUGAGGCUUGAUUGGCACGUAGAUGGUUUCGGAUAUGAUGAGUUUCAUCAUGAUUACAAGGUAGUGUGUAUUUUCAGUUCUAGAAGUUCAGAUCAAGUUGAGGUCAACAUAUAUAGUCUAAACUGUGAUUCUUGGAAAAGUGUUGACUAUUUUCAGGAUAAGCCGCGAUUAUAUGGCUCAGCUAAAUUUGUGAAUGGGAAACUUCAUUGGCUGGCUACUGCUGCUGGUCUUAAUAUAUAUAAGGGCUGGAACAUCUUUUCUUUUGAUUUGGCUAAUGAGGAAUGGGGAAAGGUGGAGCAGCCCUGCUAUGAAGAAGAUAUUAUUUCGUCGGUGGGAGUGUUGGGAAGUGAUCUUCUUGUGUUUUCUAAUUAUCUGAGAAGUCAUAGAAGUCACGUGGAUGUGUGGGUUCUGAAAGAUUAUGGGGUUAAAGAGUCUUGGACAAAGAUGUAUACCAUCAAAUAUCCUGCUGAUCUUGACAAGAGUUUGUUUUCUUCUGGCAUUUCUCCAACACUAUGCAUGUCAAACAAAGGUGAAUUAUUGCUGGUGUGCAGAUCAAUUUUCAUGAUAUACAAUCCAGAGGAUGAAUCGAUCAGAUAUACAAAGUUUGCUAAGUUUCGUUCCAGUAUUGCGGCAAACAUCUACAUUGAAAGCCUAAUUUGUCUCCUCUUACCAAACGAACCAAGCACAUUUUAA